UUUACCACAUUGCAAUAAGACCCACUUUGGAUAUGGGCCAUCAACGUGACCCAUCCUAAACACUGCUCCCAAAUCCUCCAAAACAGAAAAACCCUCACCAGUCUCCCCCGAAAAUAAAUUCCAUUGUUCGAAAUCCGAUCAGAUCAUGUCAAUGUCAGUGCCUCGCACUAAUCCGCCAUUCUCUCUUCCUUUCUUCCUCCUAUUCCUCAUCCUCAGCACCACCUGCACCGCCUCAUCCUCCUUUUUCCGCUCCUACUCCCAAUACAAAACAGUCGUCUCCCUCUCCCACUCUCUACUCACACGCGUAUCUAACCUGCGAGCCGCGCGCGGUGACAUCGACGGCGCAAAUCGCGCGAAGCUAAUAGCUCAGAAGCUGGAGAAAGCGUCAGGAUUAGGGUUCUGGGGGUUGGCGUGGUCGGUAGGGUGGGAUUACGCGAAAAACUACGCUUGGAGGGAUUUGGAUUACAGAGAGUUGUACGGCGUCGUUUCAGACUUGAACGAGUUGGCUGGGUUAUUAAGCGAGUUUGCUCGGGCAGAAUCAGAUGUUGAGAGAGCGUCUUGGAUUGCACGAAGUUACAGUAAUAUCUUCAGUGUUGCCAAGUCGGUGUUGCAGAGGUUCCUCAGAGUGUUCCGUGAAUCGGGAGCUUUAAAGGAAGCGGCGGAGACGGUCCGUAGAGAGGUGGUGGAUGGUGGAUUGUUAAGGGACUGCCUUGAAUUGGGAAGCGAUGAUCUAAAAGGAUUGGUUCAAAUUAUCAAGGAUCUGGCUUCGCAAUUUUUUUCCACUUCCGAUUACAAUAGUGAACUUUGAACUGUAGGUUGUAAAAUACCGUCGAUGACACGUGGAUACGGUGGUAAUUGUGUAAUUUAUGAUGUUAUUAAUUGUAAUUUUUGGAAAAAAAAAAGAGUAUUUUGAGGUUGAUCAUGUAAUAAAUGGAUGAUACGGUGUGCGAUGAAAUGUGAUCUGUACUUGCUGUUACUCUAAGAACUCCGAUAUUAUCACUUGCA